GCAAUAACGUUAGAGUAUUGGACGCUCGCUGAAUACUUAUGGAUACGUGUACAGUAUAUCUAGGUAAAUAAGUCUGUCCCCAGACACGGCGGAACACAGCAUCAACAGACCAGUACUGUGGUAUCCAAGGUGACGUAUCGACUUACUGAGACGGGAGUCUAGCGGACCAUGACGUUGGGACGCCGGCGGGGGUUGUGCAACCAUAUGACUAAGCCUUGGAAGUUAGAUGUGGAUCGUUUUUGUUCUCUUCUCGUGUGGUCGGCGUAUUCGGGGAACGGAAGGCAGUUGCAGUUCAUGGAUAAGGUACGUACGGUACGCUUUGCAAGCACCUGAGUGAUCUGUUGCCCUAGUCUGUCUAGAAUAUUGAGUUGAUUCUCUACCUCCGUACAUUUCUUAUGAAAGGAUAGGAUCUUUUGGAGACCGCCUGAGGUUUCCUGAUGCUUGACGUUCAAUGCGGGCUUUGCGACAAACGAGGCAGGUGCCAACAGGCGGCCCAGAGCCCAGAAGUCUUGGCAGACGAAAAAGCAGCAGUGAUCUCUGAGCGAACCAGAUGCGCCUCGCCGCCUCAAGUCAAGCCCCGUCAAGGAUCCUCGCAGUUCUGGCGACCCCAAAAGCCAAUCCCGUCGCGUCUCCCAACUCGUCAACUCCACCGCUCAUCUUCCGCCCUGUUGACCUCCCUGGGAUGCGAGCAUUGGCCGGUUGGAGCUUGCCGAGGAGCGCCGGGGUCUGUGCAAUUGGACGACGAUGAGACUAAGGAGGGCUCCUGCACCCGGACCAUGACGCCUUCUUUUCCUUCAAUCGCCCCAAUUCCUGACCCUCAUCCAUUCACUGCCGUGGGCGACGCUGUUGGCUCUUCACACUCUUCAGAACCCGUUUCGAAUCCGUCGACGUCGGGACACGCGACAACAGUAACCAGCAGCCCUGGGGCCCCACUCGCCGCUAGCCCAACUACCGAACCACGGACGACUGUUGCUUUCCGAUUCCCGGCAGCCGGUUCGGGCCCGGAAGCCAUAGAGAUGGACUCGGUGACGCCUUCGGGCCACCGCCGCCGGCGUAGCAGUCUCAUCAAUCCUCCCAACGCCACAAGCAGCCGUCAGAGAUCGGCAUCGAUUCGGCGGCCUGCGAGCGGCGAGACAAAGAUAGUUGAGGAGAGUAGCGAUGACGGGUCUCAACAACCUGACGAGCUGGAUGAGGACGGGUUGUCAGACGAAGACCUUCACGAUGAUGAGGAGACUGGUUUGACGGGGAAGGACCGGCGAAGAAAGAGGCGCAAGAGGAACCGAAAUCAGCUGCUGGACCAGAGGAUAGUCAGGGACAAGAUCUCCCCAGAGGAGAAGAAGGAGGCCGACCGCAGUGUUGUCAGAAAUCUAAUGAUUGACGCUGCUCUGAUCGGGCUCUGGUACUUCUUUUCGUUAUUAAUCUCUUUGUACAACAAAUGGAUGUUUUCUCCCGACAAACUCAACUUCCCCUUUCCUUUGUUCACGACUGCUGUGCACAUGCUUGUACAAUUCUCUUUGGCGUCACUAGUGCUGUUCCUCGUUCCGUCAUUCCGGCCGAAGAAUGCCCACAGAUCAGAUAUGGGUCAGUCAAGGCAUGAAACCGAGCCGGAGAGGCCAAUCAUGACCAAGAUGUUCUAUCUCACCAGAAUCGGGCCUUGUGGCGUGGCAACGGGCCUCGACAUCGGUUUGGGCAACGCAUCCCUCCAGUUCAUCACCCUUACCUUCUACACAAUGUGUAAAUCCUCCUCCCUCGCCUUCGUUCUCCUUUUCGCCUUCCUCUUCCGUCUGGAAACGCCCACUUGGAAACUGGUAGGCAUCAUCGCCACCAUGACCCUCGGCGUUGUCAUGAUGGUAGCAGGCGAGGUCGAGUUCAAACUAGGCGGUUUCGUGCUGGUCAUCUCAGCCGCCUUCUUCUCGGGUUUCCGCUGGGGGCUCACGCAAAUCCUGCUCCUCCGCAACCCGGCCACGUCGAAUCCCUUCUCCAGCAUCUUCUUCCUCGCCCCGGUCAUGUUCGUCACGCUGCUGGCCAUCGCCAUACCCGUUGAGGGCGGGGCUGCGCUCUUUGCCGCACUGGCCGGCAUCGCCGAGCAGCACGGCGUCCUCGCCGCCCCGCUCGUCAUACUCUUCCCCGGCGUCAUCGCCUUCCUGAUGACGGCGUCCGAGUUCGCCCUGCUCAAGCGCACCUCGGUCGUAACCCUGUCCAUUGCCGGCAUCUUCAAGGAGGCCGUCACCAUCUCGGCCGCCGCCCUCGUCUUUGGCGACAAGAUGACCCCGGUCAACAUCAUCGGCCUCGUCGUCACCCUCGCCGCCAUCGCCGCCUACAACUGGAUCAAGAUUUCAAAGAUGCGCGCCGAGGCCCAGACCGCCGUGCACAUGGGCCACAUGCAGGCGGAGGCCGUGGAUGCGGAAGGGACCUCUGGGAGCAGCGAGAGCGAGAGGGAACGGGAUGAAGACGAGGUGCGUUUGCUGAGGCGGAGUGUGGAUGCUGGGGUAGACGAGGUGCUGUUUACAGCCGAUGGUGGGGACGUGGUCGCUGGGCCCGGUCACGAAACGGUGCCGGGUAGGGCCGAGGCGCAAGUUUUGAACCAUGGGAGGAUUGACUGAGAGGAGGGCAGUCGUUUGCAUGUUAAGCUUACAAGUGGCAUAUAUACUGUGAUACCCACACUAACCUACCUAUAUACUGUAUUGUACACUCGCCCUCUGGUUUGCAAAUGGACGCAUCCAAGGAAGAUAAGGGGGGGAAGGAGACUGGAAGGUAACUGCUUGGCUGCAUUUAGGGACGUUACGGGAGCACAGGCAUCGCAUUACGGACAUAUCUGAUUUGGUUCAUUUGUCAUUUAUCGCACAAAAUUCAUCGGCCAGUCCAAUAAACGUGGAUGGA